AUGAUGCUCAGCAAACUAACACUAUCCACAUCCAUCAGCUUGAAUCUAAGCAGUUACAAACGAAAGAGACCGUCGAGUUUUGUCUCUAACAUUGGCCCAUUAUUACGACGCAUCAAAAAAUCAUUAAAUCAGCAUACACAUCCAUCAACUGCACGACGAUCAAAUACAGUGCAUUGCUGUCUGAGCAAUUACCAAGAAACACCAGAGAAGCAUACACUGAUUGCAUCUCUUAAUGAAGAACAAGACGAUACUAUUCAAAUGAGCUGGUCUCAGGAAACCUUGAUGUAUGCCUUGGCACUCGAUUCAGAAAACAGCAAAAGAUACACUCAACAUGCCGAAAAUUGGUGGUCAACAACACCUUCACCACUGCCAUCAUCUUCUAAUGUCAUCAUGGCUAAUUAA